AUGUCGUUACUAGUAACUUGUUAUCAUUGUAAAAACAGAGUUGAAGCAAAAAAAACUGUCGUCUGUUCUAUGUGUAAAAAUGCUUACGAGUAUGAUUGCAUUGGAUACUCAGAGAAGCUACGUUUUAUGAAAGAUCUAGAAUCAAGAAAGAUAUGGAAAUGCAAAACAUGUGAAGAAUUAUCUAAACAUUCAGUCGUCACUACUAGGAAAAAAAUGCGCAACCCUGACAUGAGGGAGAAAGAAUCACCUGCAAUGGAAAUAACUGUACAGUCUACUCCAACAAACGUAUCGCAGCAAUGCCAUCAAGACUCACACAUACUUACUCAAGCGGAGCUGUCACUAGAAGAAUCGCCCUCAGGAUCAGAUCAAAUUUUAUUAAGUUUAGAUUAUUCGGUAACAGAUACUAUUACUGUGCAAGAACUAAAAGAAAACAUUACUCUAUUACAAUCAGAAUUAGAUAGCUCGCAUAGAGAAUUACAUAUUAGAAAAUAA